AUCCGGCAACCCUUGAGCCGUCCAGACAAAUCUCUCGAGACUUUAACAGCGGAAGGGGAUUCUCAAAUGACAAGUCAUGUGAUCUGUUGCUGACAAAAAAACAACUGAAACCGACGGUCUUUCGGCAUUUGAAGACGCACACAUCUAUCGGGGAUCGAUCUGAUAGCUAACAUGCAGAACGCCAUUAAUUCCGUAAAAGGCACGGCCCUUGGUGUAGCCGAGUUUUUUACUCCAGUGCUGAAGGAAUCCAAAUUCAAGGAGACAGGAGUUAUCACUCCAGAAGAGUUUGUAGCUGCUGGAGAUCACCUUGUUCAUCACUGCCCCACAUGGAAAUGGGUGUCUGGGGAAGAGGAGAAGGUGAAGCCGUAUUUACCCAAGGAUAAGCAGUUCCUAUUGACUCGCAAUGUUCCCUGCUACAAGCGCUGUAAACAGAUGGAGUAUUGUGAUGAACUGGAAGCCAUCAUAGAGGAGGAUGACGGAGAUGGAGGAUGGGUCGACACCUACCACAACUCAGGUAUAGGGGGAGUUACAGAAGCUGUACGAGAAAUCUCAUUGGACAACAAGGACAUGAACAUGAAUGUGAACUCUGGUGCUUGUGGGAACGGAGAUGAUGAUGAUGAUGAUGAUGAUGAUGAAGACGAGGCAGCAGAUAUGGAAGAGUAUGAGGAGAGUGGACUACUGGAAACAGAUGAGGCCACCCUGGACACCAGUAAAAUGGUGGACUUGUCUAAAUCCAAAACGGGAGAAGCUGGGAGCGAUGACAUCCUGCAGACUCGAACCUAUGACCUCUACAUCACAUAUGACAAAUACUAUCAGACUCCUCGACUCUGGCUAUUUGGAUACGAUGAGGACAGACAGCCCCUGACAGUGGAUCAGAUGUAUGAGGACAUCAGCCAGGAUCAUGUGAAGAAAACCGUCACCAUCGAAAAUCACCCCCACCUACCACCCCCAGCCAUGUGCUCCGUGCAUCCCUGCAGACAUGCUGAAGUGAUGAAAAGGAUCAUCGAGACGGUGGCUGAAGGGGGAGGAGAGCUUGGAGUUCAUAUGUAUCUGUUGAUUUUCUUGAAGUUUGUCCAGGCAGUCAUCCCCACGAUAGAAUACGACUACACAAGGCACUUCAACAUGAAGCUCCAUCCUACAGAGGUGUAGGCUACUCUUGCAAACAUCUUUGAGUGUAGGAGGAAUCUGUCUUCUGGCUGGCAGCGUUAGUGGGGUAUGGAAUGUUAUCUCUGGGAAUGACUCUUGGAAUAUUCUGGGUACUCUGACCCUCUUUGCGUGGGAAUAGGUUCAAUCGCUGAGGGGUUGAUGGGUGUGUACAGAUGUUGGUAAUGCUGUAAUCCCAAUGAUGUAAUGGCUUUAUGUGGUGACCGAUCUCGCAGUGUUUUUGUCUGGAAGAUUCUCACUCUGUACUUGGCAAAUGCCCAGCUCUGCCAUUAACAACCAUUCAAAGAUAACUAUAUUUAUUUUACAUUAAUUCACUGACAGACAGGCUUUCAAGUUUUCUCCAUUUUGUUUUUAUAACCACACCUUUUUUUUACCAUAGUGAUGGUACCACUAAUGUUUAUCUCAGAUGCUUACUGAUUGAAUGUUGUUGAAAGAAAUCUAACAAAUGUUUUGUCCAAAUUAUAGCUUUUUCAGUGUGAUGCACUGGACUAAUGUUUGGACCUCUUUACUGUUUCAGACCAAUGCCAGUUUGUCUUAAUGGUAAAGUGUACAUGGUCUUUUGGGCCCAGGACCAUUGUUGGUUCCUGUAAGUGGGGUCGGUGUCCUUUUGGGGGGUUUUCUUUGCCCAGCUCUUCUUUAUUUUUUUCCUUUAUUUUUUUUUUUUGACCCUGUUCCUAGUUCCACUGUCUUGUCCGGUAGAGAUGACGUCAUGAUUGUGUCAUGAAUAUGUGAGCGGUACCAUUUUGUGUGAUGACGCGCCAUGCUACCUGUAUCACCAGAUUAUUCAAAGACACGGUAUAUCAGGAGUUUGACUGCGUCUUCUCUAAUAUAGAAAGAUGUCAGUUCUGCACAGUGCAUUCAUUGUUAACUAUAGUACUCUUCUCUUAACAGUAUGUAUAACUCACUCAUUAAUGCUGAAAUAUUGACUGUAAAAUGUCUGAGUAACUGACUCCAGAGUACUUGAUCUUUUCCUGAGAAUCAGCUGGACAGGUGUUGUGGCCCUUUAUCUGUUGAUCCUAUAGACUCCUUGUGUAACAGCUCAGUCUUAACACACUGAACAUGUUAAAGUAAUGUACAUUUUAUAGCAAUAAAAAUCCCCAAUAUCAUUGAUA